AUGAUUUUGCCGCGGCUGCAAUGGUUGAUCGAAAAUCUGGUGCUUCUUCCGGAAUUUCAAUUUGGUUUUCGCGCUUUCAGAUCUUGUCUCGACAAUCUUACUAUCUUUACGGCCGACGUUCAGACGGGCUUCCUUCAGGGCAAAGCUACUGCGGCUCUUUUUCUAGACAUUAAAUCCGCCUUUGAUAAUGUCCUUCCGGAUAUCCUUCUUACAGAACUCGCCUCAAUCAACCUUCCGCCUAAUAUCCUUCGUUUUAUUGAAAAUUUGAUUUCUGUCAGAGAAGUUCAGUUCGUUGUUCAAGGUCGAUUAACCUCCUCCCGUAUUUCACGCAAGGGCACACCUCAGGGCUCAGUUUUGAGCCCUACGCUCUUUAAUUUAUACUUGCGUAAAAUCCUUUCUUCCCUGCACCCAGACACUAAAAUCAUUCAAUUCGCGGAUGACAUUGUCAUUUACUCCACGGCUUCACACGUUGAGCGGGCGAUUCAGUCGCUGCAGCGCUCCCUUGAUGGAAUUUCCUCCUUCCUCCGAAAACUGGGACUGGAAAUCUCCCCCCAAAAAACUCAAUUCAUGAUUUUCUCACGCUCGCGUAAACUGUCUUGCCCGAAUAAUAAUUUCUUUGUGACGUGUGAUGGUACCAGAAUCAGCCCCACUUCUUCUGCCAAGUUCCUGGGCGUCAUUUUUGAUCCAACCCUCAAGGGUUCUCUCCAUCUUGAACAUGUCAAUAAUAAGGCGCGCAAAAUCUCGCAAGUUAUCUCGGCGCUAAGAGGGGUUUGGUGGGGAUCUUCUCCCCAACUUCUCCUUGGCAUUUAUCGAUCUCUUUGUAGAAGUGUUAUGGAAUAUGCCUCCCACAUUUUUGCGCUUGAGAAUUCACGAGGCCGUCAGCGCCUUGAAAUCACGCAAAAUUCGGUGAUCCGCACCUGUCUGGGGAUGCGUGUGUCGACCCCACUCAACGUAUUGUUUGCGGAGGCCCGGGAGCCUCCUUUGAAGCUCAGGUUUCAAUACUUGGCUAGUAAAUACAUAUGCAAGGUCCUUUCUAUUGAAGACCAUCCGGUGGUUGAAAGACUAGAGAACCUCCUUAUACUUACCGACUCUCCUGCAAAGAGAUUAUACCUUGCUCACAACUUUUAUCUUAUCCAAAUCUUUCGCCAAAUAUUCCUAUACAAACAGACCCUACACAAAACUGUAAUUCUUCCUGUAUUCAGCUAUACUUAUUCCUCGAUUUUCGUUACCCCGGAAGUGAUCUACCCGAAGGAGGACCUGGUUGCCUUGCUCGAGGGUACUCCUAAGGAACAUGCUCAAGCGAUUUUUAUAAGAGUUUUUCAAGAUGAAAUUGGGCAAUCGGUUGUCUUUUAUACCGAUGGCUCCAAAAUUGAAGAAAUAUCGACAGUAGGGGCGGCGUGCUACUCCCCUCAGUUAAACCUCGAACUAAUGGACAGGCUUCCGCAACAUGCCUCUGUUUUUUCCGCAGAAGCAUGGGCCAUAUACAAUGUUAUAUUAUCCUUAAAAGCUUUCUCAGUAAAUGACGCGGUUAUUGUUACAGACUCGCUGAGCACUUUGCAAGCCCUGCAGAGUACAGGGAACCAUGAUGCGAGUGUAAAGAGCCUUAGCAAAAAAGACCAGGCACGCUUUAGCGAUGUAGAGUCAGAUUAUCAGGCUCGGAACCCAUCGGAUGACUCAUCGGGUUCGUUGCUGGGCUCAGAUGACUAUCAUAGUCGAUCACCUACCCCGGAAGGGAAUUGCGAGCCUAUAGCAAAGGAAGUCGCGUCCGAGAUGAGGCCACCGAUUCUUUCGUCGAAUUCUGGGCCAUCAAGUCAAACGAGCCAUACGGUGACAGACCAAGCAGAAAUGGCUACGGAGGAACAACAGGUUGCAAAAGCAAAUGAGGAUAUACCCUCAAGCGCCCAGAGCGUGGAUACAGUUAAAUCUAGUGAAGAGGCGCUUAUAGAAAAUUUGGAAGUGGAACUUCUGGAGGCCAUUGGAAACCGAGUGGCUGCAGAAAGGGUACUGGCACCAGCCAUUCCAAGAAGUGUUGCUGUCCGCUUGGAAGAUAUUUUAAAGAAAGGGCUGCCGAAGGAGGAAAGAGAAAGAGCCGUUAAGGAUUGA